UGUCAGAACGAUUUUUAUAUAAGAAGUUUGUCGUUAUUCCUUAAUACUAUUUAUGGAAGUUUGAUUCUUAUAUUUUGAGGAUAAUAUCGUUUUAUUUGCAAUAAGACAAAUCGUGUUAGAAGCAAUUUCGAUAGUUGAAAUUAAAGAAAUAUUGAAAUCAUGGCCCAUAUAAAAGUAUCUAAAGUUAAAGAAGAUGAUGUUCUUGAAUGUAUUAUUUAUCCAAAAAUUUGCUACACUAAAUCUGCUGAAAUCGUAACGGAAGAAAUUCUCUUAGAAGAAAUUGCAAAAUAUAAUGAAGUAAUAGCACCUUAUAUUGAAGACUAUACUUGGCACCAUGAUAGCUUAAUUUUUUAUCCUAGAACGAAACAAGCACUGUUAUUAGAAAAACUUCUUGAUUAUUCUACAACUACAGAUGAACAUAACGUAUUGCCUCACAUUUACGUACAAUUAUGUUUUGAUGAAGACAUAAGUGAUGAGUGGUUCACAGUUUUUCUUAUAUUUAAACUCACACAAACUUUCGAUGGAUUAAUAGCUAAAAUUAUGGACUCUGAUGGUGAAUUUCUUUUAAUUGAAGCUGCAAAUGUCUUGCCCUCCUGGGCUAAUCCGGAAACAUGCGAGAACCAUGUGUUUAUAUACAAUGGACAAUUACAUAUCAUUCGAGAUAAACGCAAAACAUUAUUAAAAAUGUUGAAUAAUAUUUCUGAGGAACCAUAUCUUUACAAAUGUUCUGAUAAUGUCCAAGAUGUGUUAAGAAAACGAAUUAAUGUUUAUCCUAAUGAAAUUAAAAAGAGACAUCACAAAGCUAGAGUCUUUUUGCCAGAGAAAGCAGUUUCAAUACUUCGACAAGAACCAAGACUUGUUGCAUUAGCAAUUCGAACCAUUUGUCAUUCGGAUCCACUUGAGAGAAAAGUUUGUCGUGCCAUGAGGUAUUUUCCCCCUGAGCAACGUAUUAUGGUUAAUGUAAAAAUGACUAAAUGUUUGUAUGCAAUGGCAAAUCAUUGUCGAUACACAGGGGAUCCCAGAACAGGCUGGAAUGUACCACCAAUAACUUGUUCAAAGUACAAUGCUCACAUACUUGGUAUUAAAAUAGCAUGUGGUUUAGAAAUGUUAGUUGCUCGUGCAAAUGAAGAACGUAGAAAAAGUGAAAAACGAUCUGCUAAUGAUCCAGAAAAAUUGAAAGUAAAUGAAAAUCUUCUAAAUGCAUAUCUAACUCGUUUAGAAUCUAGUGGCUAUUUUAGAAAUUUAUUGAAAGACAGUGAAGAGUAUGAAAAGCUCCUGAAUGCAGCGAAAGAUUAUUACUUAAAACAUUUUAAUCUAUAUAAUUCUGUUACCAAUGUUCAUAAAAGCGAUGCUGAAAAAGUUUUAGAAGCAUGGGAAAACGUACAAUCUAAUGAUGUUGAAUUGCAUGUUCAAGAUGAAGCUACAUUAAGCCCGGCAGAUAGUGAUAGUUGGUUAAAUGUGAAUCCGGAGCAACUGGAAGCGUUCUUAAAUGAACAGUGGGGAAAUGUUAAAAGCAAGAAACACGAAUCAGAAUCAUUAAGUCUUAAGGAAAAAGUACAAAUGUUCUUGAACCAAAAUAGUGACGUUGAUGGUGUACAAUUCUUAGAAGGUCACUCAGCAGAAAUGGAUUUGCAUGAUGCAGAAGACAAUGGAAGAGUUGAAUUUGAUUCGGAUAUAUUUGACUCUACAUUACGAGGUAUACUAGAUUUAGUCGUUCCAGGAAAUGAAGGGGAAUUUGAUGGUAGCUCUGAAGGAUCUUUGGGUGAGGAGGAUGAAGAUAAAAGAAAUGAAAUGGACAAAUAUAUGCGAUUGUUAAAUUCAGAACUAAAAUCUGGAAUGGAAACGAAUGACAAUUCUGAAGGGAAUAAAGAUGCUAAUGUGAUAGAAGAUAAUUUAAUAAAAAGUAUAUCAGAAGAAGCUGGUGGUUCAGGACCAACUGGAAAUAUAAUAGGUGGACCUGCUCGACGACUUAUGCAUUUGCAAUUACAAUCACCUACUACAGUACCUCCAGAUUUGCAAAGUUAAUGACUUUUCUAUCAGGAUAUGUCAAUAAUUAUUAGAUUAAAAUCUCAUCAGUCUUAUAUGAAUUAUUAGCGUCUAGUAUUUCAAGAAUAGUAUCUUUAUUGUAGAUAAGUAAAAGUUUAUCGUUCAUCUACGUACGAACGUAGUAGAACCAACUAGUAAUUUAAAUAUUUUAUUUACACGUGUAAGGUAUUAUAUUACAU